UUCCACAGUUUUUUCAGUUUUCAAAACUACAACUAGUGAUACAAGAUGGUUGUCCCUGAAAUGAACCUCGAAUUCCCAUUUUCUUCGAACCUGAUCAUGUCAGCUGUCUCGGAGGAAAGACAUCGUGUCAGACGAUCCGCCGGCGCCUCCUCCCGCAGCGUGUCCUACGGCUCCAGCGGCUCCUUGAAGCUGAGGCUGAAGGGCGACCAAGCGAACUUCCUGCAGGUGACGGCCGACGGGGCCGCCCUGGCCGUCGGGCUGCAGCACGACUCGGAGACGGUAUGCUUCACCUUCCAUACAUUUAACCCGUCGACGCCCUACCCGGAAGGCAACGGCGUGAUCGUGCUGGAGAGUCCACUCGGAGGGAAAUUCAUCAAGGCGACAGGGGGCUCGGUUUCCCUUGUGCAAGGAUCGAGCAGUGACCUCAUGACAGUGCAAGCGAUCGACGACCGCUUCUUCCUGCUGACCAAUAACCCAGGAGACAUGCACACGAGGAUCAAGCACAUCCAGUCAGGGCUCUAUCUGUCAUCCAGCCCGACCGGCAUCUCCCUCGUUCCUGAGACAAACAACGACAGUGUGCUGUAUCAGAUGGUGCCUUGCAACUCCUGAAUCAAUGUUCGGUUGUUGAAUCCAAAAUACUGAUGUUACCUGAUAUGUUUAUCUCCAGUAUCUUAGGAUAUUCAACUGAAAUACUUGUGGUAUUUCGUUCAAGUAUCUAGGAUAAAGACAUGCAUACAUUCAUUCAUACCAACAAACAAACAAGCACACAAACAAACAUACCUGCAUGAUAUGUAAAUGCAUAUUUAUACACACACACUUUUUGUAUAUUUCCAUGUAUUUUUAGUAUUUAUUUGUGAUAUUUAAUUCAGAGAUAACCUAUUUAUUGUGCAAAUCAUAGUAAUAUAAUCCUAUAUUUUAUUUAUUUCCACAUUAAGAAUCUAUUUAUUGUAAUUAAUUGUAAUUCAAUCCAAGCAGCCAUUUUCAUAUUCAUAGUAUCUAUGUAUUGUCAGAUUAUUCUGGUCCAAUGCUUAGUACCCUUCUAUUUUUGUAAUGAUGUACAUGUAUUAGAUAUUUAUUGCUUAAAUCCUUGCACUCUGAUCUCAGUUCCCCUUCGUUGUCACUUUUGUACUUAAUUUGAAUUUCAUUUUAAUUAUGGCCAUCACUGUAUUUUUUAAAGUUUUCUAUUAAAUUCAUUAAAUUAUUC